AUGGCCCCAAUCUCCAAGGAGACCGAUUUCCUCGUAAUAGGAGGCGGCAGCGGCGGACUUGGAGCUGCCCGUGCGGCAAGCGCAAGGUACGGGGCGAAGGCUAUGGUUAUCGAGGGCAAGCGGUUAGGAGGCACAUGUGUCAACGUGGGGUGCGUCCCCAAAAAGGUGACCUUCAACGCCGCGGCCAUCGCCGAGACGAUUCACCAAGCCAAGUCGUAUGGCUUCAACGUUCAAGAGACGGCCCCUUUCGACUGGAACACGUUCAAGAAGAAACGGGAUGCAUACAUCCAGCGGCUUAACGGCAUCUACGAGCGCAACCUAGCCAACGACAAGGUCGAGUACGUGCACGGCUGGGCGAAGCUGCUGUCGCGCAACCAGGUUGAGGUGACGCUGGACGACGGCACGAAGUCGGUGGUCAACGCGAAGAGGAUCCUGAUCGCCGUCGGCGGCAACCCAACGAUACCGCCGCAGAUCCCCGGUUCUGAACUGGGUACAAACAGCGAUGGCUUCUUCGACAUCGACACCCUGCCAAAGAAGGUGGCGCUCGUAGGCGCGGGGUACAUUGCAGUCGAAUUCGCGGGCAUGUUCAACGCGCUCGGUGUCGAGACACACUUGUUCAUCCGCUACGACACCUUCCUCCGGCACUUUGACCCGAUGAUCCAGGAAGGCGUGACCAAGGAGUAUGAGCGGCUCGGCAUCAAGGUGCACAAACGGAGCGCGGCGAACCGGGUGGAGAAGGACGAAACGACGGGCAAGCUUACGAUACAUUAUACCGAAGGAGAUAGUGAGGGUGUCGUGACGGAUGUUGACCACCUGAUCUGGGCGGUUGGGCGCACGCCUGCAACGAAAGGUCUUGGGCUGGAAGAAGCCGGCGUCAAGGUCAAUGAGAACGGGUACAUCGUGGUGGACGACUAUCAAAACACCAACGUCGAAAACAUUUACGCUCUUGGCGAUGUGACCGGUCGUGUGGAGCUUACACCGGUUGCCAUUGCUGCCGGGCGCAAGCUGGCUGCGCGGUUGUACGGCCCUGAGCAGUUCAGGACAGCCAGGCUGGACUACGACAACAUCCCUUCGGUCGUCUUCGCACAUCCGGAGGUCGGAUCGAUCGGGCUGACGGAGCCGCAGGCUGUGGAGAAGUACGGCCGCGAGAAUCUGAAGAUUUACAAGACCAACUUUACGGCAAUGUAUUAUGCUAUGAUGGACCCCGAGGAGAAGGGCCCGACGAGUUACAAGUUGAUCUGCGCGGGACCAGAGGAGAAGGUGGUGGGCCUGCACAUCAUGGGCCUGGGCAGCGGCGAGAUGCUGCAGGGCUUUGGUGUUGCGGUCAAGAUGGGCGCGACCAAGGCGGAUUUUGACAAUUGUGUCGCUAUCCACCCGACGAGCGCAGAGGAGCUGCCGUCCAUUCCCCCUUCCACGCAAAAAAUCACACCACCUCAAUCCGAGCUUCGAUCCAUUGUGGAGCUCCCGACGGACGUCACAACCGCACCCGCAACCAAAACCAAAGCUCCAGAAUUCACCUCACCUCAAGCCGCAUCACCACUGCACCUCACACCCAAACCACACUCAGUCACCACUGAGUCACCACCCACUCCACUCAUUCAAGGUAAGAUGCUGCUCACCCGCGCAACCGCAACCGCCGCCUCUGUCCGCGCAGCGACAGCCCGCCAAGCCCGGGGCUUCCACACCACCAGCGCCCGCCUCUCGUCGCCGUACCACUACCCGGAGGGCCCGCUGUCCAACCUGCCGUUUAACCCGCGCAAGAAGGGGUUUGCGAUCAAGUACUGGGCGUUUUGUGUGACUGGGUUUGGAUUGCCUUUUGGGAUUGCCGUGUGGCAGACUUACCACCCGGCUAAGUAAGCUAUCCGAAUGUCGUCGAAUGUUUUU